UUCUGAUUUUUUUUGCUGAUAACAGAGACUGCUCUCUGCUGAUAUGCUGAUAUGGAGACAUUCGAACAAUGAGGAAAAAAAUGUGAAUUUCCUCAAACAGUUCCGUCUUUAUCAGCGUAGGAAAAUUCAAAAAUUAAGUUAUUAAUUUUAUUUAUCUUCAGUUUCUUUUCAGGCUCCAAAUGGCACAAAGUCAUCCUCUAAUAUUACGAUUGCUUGCCUCUUCCGCUGUAGCAGCUGGAAGAGCUGGUAAAAUUAUUAGGGAUAUUAUGAGCAGAGGUGAACUAGGAAUUGUUGAAAAAGGAAAAAAUGACUUACAAACAGAAGCUGAUCGUUCAGCUCAAAGAUGUAUAAUAGCAUCAUUAUCACAACAAUUUCCAAGUUUAACAAUAAUUGGUGAAGAAGAGCCAAGUCAUUGUGAGGUGCCUAGUGAUUGGAUUGUGACUGAUCUUGAUCAGGAAAUAUUGUCCAAGAGGUGCCCGAAUGAAUAUUUGGAAGUUUCUGAUAAAGAUGUCGUUGUUUGGGUUGAUCCCCUAGAUGGGACAUCUGAAUAUGCACAGGGUCUUUUGGACCAUGUUACUGUCCUUGUUGGUGUGAGUGUUAAGGGUAAAGCAGUUGGGGGUGUUAUUCAUCAACCAUACCAUAAUUACCAAAUUCAGAAAGAUACAAAUGGACGAACUAUCUGGGGAUUAGUUGGUUUGGGUGUUGGAGGUUUCGAACCAGCUUCACCACCUUCAAACAAGUUCAUAGUAACAACAACUAGGUCACAUUCAGAUGGAAUUGUGCAGAAGGCACUAGAUGCACUUAAUCCAGAUGAAAUUUUGAGAGUUGGAGGAGCAGGCCAUAAGGUUAUGUUGCUCAUCGAAGGCAAAGCUCAUGCAUACGUUUUCGCAAGUAAAGGUUGUAAAAAAUGGGAUACUUGCGCCCCUGAAGCCGUUUUGACUGCUUGUGGUGGAAAAUUGACUAACAUAUUUGGAGAGAAUUAUGAUUAUAGUAAAGAUGUCGAAUAUCCGAACAAGAAGGGGGUCUUUGCCACAGCUAAAGGUAUCGAUCACGGGAGUUUGGUGAAAAAAAUUCCUGAAGAAGUGUUGAACGCUUUAUCCUAAAUGGAAAAUUAAUUUUUUAUUGAAACCUAUGCGAGUCUUAGAGUCCAUUCAAGCAUCUCGUGCAGACUUUUUCUGCAAUAUAUUAUUAAACAUUCCACAAACUAUCAGGCAUUUGAAAUUAAGCAACACUAUAUAAGUUUGAGUGUCCUAAAUAUUUUCAGUUUGCUGUUCUAUAUGUAUGAAAAUAUUAAUUUCUCUUUCAUUCUAAUGAAUUUGUUCAUGUAAUGAAUGUAAAACUUAUCCUUCAAAAAUCACGCACAAUAGAUGUAAGAAUAUGAACUAAGAAAAUCUUCUGUUGGCCAAAAUACAAAUUAUUCAUGUUCCACUUA